UGUCUCUCUGCUAUUCCUCCCCGCAAGAUCGAGAUGCUUAACAACAACAACAACGUUCAACGAGUGUGGCGCCUGCUGGGCGUGACGCUGCUGCUCCUUGUGCACUGCGCCGGCAGCACACUCGCAGUGACGGAGCACCACCGCUGCAUCUACGAUUACGUAUCUCAUAAUCGGGGUGAUGUGGUGACAGUGACGCCUAUAUACAGCACUCUGAAUCAAGCUGUGCUGUCUUCGUCAUCUGAUCUGACUCCGAAAAUGUUUGUACCUCCCGAUGCUAAAACAAACAAUAAAUUCGAGUUACCAUCCUCGAAUUGGAGGCCUCUCCGCGUCAAGGUGUUCAUGGUGGGCACGAAGGGCCCUCGGACCUGUGCGACUGCCUCGGGCGAGAUCACCACCACUUUUGGUAGCAAGGUGAGCUGCACGAAGGAUGACGUCCUGACGGCGGAGAAGCGUGACAUUCUGGAG